CGGCGCGGGCGGGCGGCCGGGGCGGCGGGGGCGGCUGCUCACCUAGCCGGGCGAACCGGCGGGCAGACUUUGCCUCCAGCCUCUAUAAAAGGUAACGGCGGCGUGAGUCAGAGCCCCCGCCUCCCUCCGCCCGCUCUCACGUACGCACGGCCCGCGCGGGCAGCCAGGCACCGAGCCGGCGGCCGUCCCGCAGCCGGGCACUCGUCGGAGAUGAGCCGCGCCGCGCUGCCGCUCGCCCUGCUGCUGCCGCUGCUGCUGGGGGCGGCGGCGGCCGCGCACAGCGCCGAGGACGCGCCGCACUCCCACGAGAGAGGUCCUGGCCGGGGUCACUGGAGCUAUAAAGACCGGCAGGAGUGGGUCUUGCACUACCCGAACUGCGAGAGCACGAUGCAGUCGCCCAUCAACAUCGACCUAGCCAAGACCAUCUUCAGCCCCCAGCUGCGGCCGAUCCAGCUCUCUGGCUACAGCCUGCCCUCCAAGGAGAGGCUCAAGCUGAAAAACAACGGACACACAGUUGUCCUUGAGCUGCCCGAGUCGCUGGCCAUCACCGGUGGCUAUGCCCAGCAGUACAGAGCCAUACAGCUGCACCUGCACUGGGGCUCCCCGACGGGACCUGGCUCGGAGCACACCAUCAAUGAUCACCGCUUUCCCGGGGAGAUCCAUGUGGUCCACUACAACACCAAGUAUGACAGCUUUGAGGAGGCCAUGGUCCGCCCAGAUGGCCUGGCAGUGCUGGCAGCCUUCCUGCAGGUUGGGCCAAGGGAGAAUCCGUACUAUCGGCAAAUACUUGAGCAUCUGUACGAAAUCCAAGGAGAAGAUGAAGAAGUCUUUGUGCCUGGAUUCAACAUCGCAGGCCUGCUGCCUGCCAACCUGGACCUCUACUUCCGCUACAACGGCUCUCUGACCACCCCUCCCUGCUAUCAGUCAGUGAAGUGGACAGUCUUCAACCAGACCGUGCAGCUGUCUCAAGAUCAGAUCUCCGAGCUGGUGUCGACCCUGAGAGGGGACGACGACAGCCCUCUGCAGAACGUUUUCCGGGAGUGGCAGAAGCUGCAUGGGCGGCACGUGCUGGCGAGUUUCCAGGCUGCCCUCACGUUGGUGAAGCAGCUGCCAACUCCUGAUAGCAGAGGCUCUCCACGGAGGCCACCCCUCGGGGGUGCUGCGGGGGCCAGGCCCAGCCUGGCCCCACGAGCAGGUGGUGACGGCUCAUCAGAGGCAGGUGCAGAAAAACACACCAGUUCGUUUCAGGCAGGGGACGUGCUGGCCGUGCUCUUCGGGGUGCUCUUUGCUGUCACAGCAGUGGCGUUCGUACUCUACAUCCACAAGCACCGCAGCCAGAACGCACGGCUGGACGCACCGAACAAAUCCAAGGUCAUCUACACAGCAGCCACCACAGACGAGAACGCGGUGUGAGCCCUGUGAUCUUGCAGCAGUCCUGGCACUACUGGCUCAGCCUGCCACCCCACACCCCAGCCCUCCUGCCCCAGCUGAUGGGAGGGCUGUCACUCCAGUGUCCCUCUGCUGCAUGGGCUGCCGCACAGAGACUUCACCUGGGGCAGCAUCUGGCCUCAGCAGCUAUUUUUGUUACAAAAAGAUAAAAAUACAUAUAAAAAGUAGAAAGCC